AUGGUAAAUCUAAGGCUAGACAGUAGUCUUCAGAGUGAUAUUAAAAGGUAUAUUUGUAGGGUUAUUGGUAAUGAGACAGUAUCGAAUCUUCUCAUUGAGGCUAUUGAGUAUACCCAGAGCUUUGAUCCAGAAAAGAUAAGAAUAUGUAAGGUUCAAAGUGGCACCCUGGAUGAUUCAUAUAGAUCGGAGGGGAUGCUCAUUAACAGGUUACCUGAAGGAUGUAUUAAAUCUGCCGUUAACACUUCUAUUGGAAUCUUCAACUGUCCUUUUGAUAUUACUAGAACUGAGCUGAAAGGUACAGUUUUGAUGCACAAUUCUGCAGAGCUUUUAAAUUUCAGCAAAGAAGAGGCUGAAAUGGCCAAAAAGUUGAUUGAUUCCCUCAACGUAAAUGUCUUAAUUGUUAACGGAACUGUAAACGAUCUUUUUAUUGAUUUUGCAGAUUCUAGAAAUUUGUUGGUUUUAAAAAUAUUCAAUAAAUAUGAUUUGAAAAGGCUGUGUGACCUUGUUGGUGGGGCCAUUUACAACACUCUUGGGCCUAUACCGCUGAAAGGCUUUAUAAACAGAGUUGAGGUUGUGCAUGAUGCUGAGCAUGCGUUUACUAAGAUUGUGGCUCCUGGCCAGGUGACUACAAUAGUUCUCAAAAGCUCAAUUAGGGAAGUCUGUGACGAAACGGAGAGGAAAAUACUUUUGCUUUUAGAAAACUUGCAAAUGCACGGCAACGACAAAGUUCUGAGCUUUUCAAAACCUGACUUUUUUGACGUUGCAGCAAAGAUUAUAGGUUCUGAGAAUGCAGUUACAUUUAGCAUAUCAAAGGCUAUCAAGGACAUGAAGUUUGACAGUACGAUUCUUGAAGACAAAAUAAGAUGUCUGAAGUAUGCUUUUGAGUUUCUAGCCACUAUUAUGGAGAUUGAUGAUUAUUUAGUUGCAAAGGUUGAUCAACUCGAUGUAAAACCAAAGACAAAUCCACACUGGGAUGAUGAUUAA